GUUUCUUCCCUGUGUCUACUGGGAUCAUUAAAUGGAUUGUGAUUUCUGAUUUCUGAGUCUCUCUUUCUCUACUCCAUUAGCUUCCUCUCCGUUGGGUGUUACGUCACUUUCUCCGUGCGUACGUCAUCUAUAUCCCGUCGUCACAUCUUUUUCCUUAGCAGCAUUGCGUAAUCUAUCUGAGUUCAAGAUCAUAUGAUAUUUUCACCUUCUGGACAAAAUGGGACAUUUCUCUUCCAUGUUCAACGGUAUAGCUAGAUCCUUCUCGAUCAAGAAAGCCAAGAACAACAACAGCAAAAGCUACGCGAAGGAAGCCACAGAUGAAAUGGCGAGAGAGGCGAAGAAAAAGGAAUUGAUUCUGAGAUCCUCUGGUUGCAUUAAUGCAGAUGGAUCCAAUAACUUGGCUUCUGUUUUCUCUAGACGCGGUGAGAAAGGCGUUAAUCAGGACUGUGCCAUCGUCUGGGAGGGAUUUGGAUGUCAAGAAGACAUGAUCUUCUGUGGAAUAUUUGAUGGACACGGUCCCUGGGGACACUUUGUUUCUAAACAAGUCAGGAACUCAAUGCCUCUAUCUUUGCUCUGCAACUGGAAAGAGACUCUUUCUCAGACCACAUUAGCAGAACCGGAAAUAGACCUCGACGAAUCCGAUAAAAAGCUGCAGCGGUUCGCCAUCUGGAAAUACUCAUACCUCAAAACGUGUGAAGCUGUCGAUCGGGAGCUUGAGCAUCACCGAAAGAUCGAUUCUUUUAACAGCGGUACAACUGCUCUAACCGUUGUGAGACAGGGUGAUGUUAUUUAUAUAGCAAACGUUGGGGAUUCACGUGCGGUAUUGGCCACGGUUUCAGACGAAGGAAGCUUGGUUGCGGUUCAGCUCACAGUAGAUUUUAAGCCAAACCUGCCCCAGGAGGAAGAGCGGAUAAUCGGAUGCAACGGGAGAGUAUUUUGCCUCCAGGACGAGCCAGGCGUCCACCGAGUUUGGCAACCAGAAGAGGAAUCUCCAGGACUUGCAAUGUCAAGAGCAUUCGGAGACUAUUGUAUCAAAGAUUACGGAUUGGUCUCAGUGCCUGAAGUCACUCAGAGGCAUAUAUCCAUUAGAGACCAGUUUAUAAUCUUAGCCACUGAUGGGGUAUGGGAUGUGAUAUCAAACCAAGAGGCCAUAGCUAUUGUUUCGUCGACCGCAGAGCGGCCAAAGGCUGCCAAACGACUGGUACAGCAAGCGGUUAGAGCUUGGAAUAGAAAGAGACGCGGAAUCGCCAUGGAUGAUAUCUCUGCCGUGUGCCUCUUUUUCCAUUCCUCAUCGCUGUCGCCAUCUCUAUAGCAACAUCUUCACCAUGCCACGACUUGUAACUUGUAAGUAGGUACUAGUUUUGGACCGGUGAAGAAAAGGAAAAAUGCUGCAAUGUAAAUAGACUUGCGUAAACUCG